AUGGAGGACCCCAACGGCAACGACUCGGAAAUGGCCGAUACCGAAGAGCGGGCAAGGGCUCGUUUUAUUUAUACUGCGGAGGAGAAGGCGCUCCUCCAAGCGCUCGUAACGAAACAUGCGCGAGUUCUUGAAAACAAGAAGACAAAUAACUACUCGAAGGAGGCUAAACUUGAAGCUUGGGAGAAACUCAGCACCGAGUAUAACAGCCAGCCAAACGUCCGCCCACGAAGCGCUAAGCAACUCAAGAAGCGUUGGGAGAACGAAAAAUCCAGAUACAAAAAAACCAAGUCCGACGAGACGAGAGACAUCCACGCCACGGGAGGUGGGCCACGAACAAGCCGGCCGAUGAGCCCCUCACUCAUUCUUGUGGGAGCGGCGGCAGACCACAUGGAGACAGUGGUGACAAAUCUCUGCGACAGCGACAGGGCAAGAGACCGGCCAGUGCUGUCGCUGCCUCCGGCUGCAAUGUUUGAAGCAAUGGUGCGAGGCACUGAAGGCAAUGACAAUCACGCCUGCUGGAACGACGUGCCAGAUGCUCCUGAUCCGUCCGCCUCACCUCUCCAAGAGAGCAGCGUUGGAGCUGCUUGUGUGACUCCGCCGGCAAGGAGCAUUACCUGCCCCCGUGCUGAGCUGCCAAGCGGGGCAUCCAGAAGAACUGGAAACCGCAUCGCAGCACUGGAGCGGAUCAUGGCUCCCGAAAAGGAGGCCCGUGUAGACAUCCUCGAGAGGGAAGAUCGGCGGAAGGAGGCGCAACAUUUAAUGCAAAUGCGCAUACUCCGCAACAAGCUUUUUGAGCAGCGACGACGCGGACGGGCAGAGUUCCAGCUGCUCCAGCUGGAGAGAGAGAUAAAGGUGGAGCAGCUGGCAGCCCUGCGCUGCAAGCUACAAGGGUGUGGAAAUCACAAUUAAAUUUGGGUUUUUUCAGUUUAAAAGCAUUCCGAGGAUUUACUUAUUUAUUUUAUGUGCGCUACAUUGUAGUGAAACGAUAGAACCUAAUGUGUUUUGCAUAUUCGGAAGUUGAAUGAAACAGCACACUACAAUUGAAGGGAAGGGUAGGUCUUUCGUUAGCUCUGUGCUGGCCACAAGUCUUUCCCAGAAUAUGUUAGAUUGACCAAAUACGCGGAAUUGGAUUUGAAAAUCAAUUUAUUCGAGCGCUUACUACUGAAUUCGUGUCCGAGUAUUUGCACGAGUCAGUGACGGGUCAAGAACAGAGUACAAGCUGGA